AUGUGGGCUGUGUUUUUUGGAGCUUUGAUUACUAUAAGCAUCACACAUUGGAUUUACCGCUGGAGAAACCCCAGAUGCAAUGGCACUCUUCCACCUGGUUCAAUGGGAUUGCCACUUAUUGGCGAGACUCUUCAAUUCUUCGCUCCUAAUACUUCUUGUGAUAUUCCUCCCUUCAUCAGAGAGAGGAUGAAAAGAUAUGGACCAAUAUUCAGGACUAAUUUGGUUGGAAGGCCAGUUGUAGUAUCAACAGACCCGGAUCUCAAUUACUUUAUCUUCCAGCAAGAAGGCCAAUUGUUCCAGAGUUGGUAUCCAGAUACAUUCACAGAGAUCUUUGGAAGGCAAAAUGUCGGUUCCUUACAUGGGAUCAUGUACAAGUAUCUUAAGAAUAUGGUGCUUAAUCUCUUUGGUCCUGAAAGCCUUAAGAAAAUGCUCCCUGAAGUUGAACAGACAACAUCAAAGAGAUUACAACUUUGGUCUCAUCAGGAAUCAGUCGAAUUAAAAGAAGCAACUGCAACUAUGAUAUUCGAUCUGACAGCAAAGAAGCUCAUAAGUUAUGAUCAAGAAAAUUCUUCAGAGAAUCUAAGGGAAAACUUUGUUGCAUUCAUACAAGGAUUAAUCUCCUUCCCUUUGGACAUUCCAGGAACAGCAUAUCACGAAUGCUUACAGGGUAGGAAAAAGGCAAUGAGAAUGCUAAAGAACCUGCUACAGGAAAGACGAGCAAAUCCGAGAAAGCACCAGAGUGAUUUUUUCGAUUAUGUGCUUGAAGAACUUCAAAAGGACAGAACAAUCCUUACAGAGGAAAUUGCUCUUGAUUUAAUGUUCGUGCUGCUAUUUGCCAGCUUUGAAACAACUUCUUUGGCUCUAACUUUAGCGGUCAAGUUUCUCUCGGAUCAUCCAUUGGUGCUAAAGAAAUUAACGGAAGAACACGAGGAAAUCCUAAAAAAUCGGGAAAAUGCCAACUCUGGUCUUACAUGGAAGGAAUACAAAUCAAUGAAAUUCACAUUUCAGGUUAUUAAUGAAACGGUUAGACUGGCAAACAUAGUUCCAGGGAUCUUCAGAAAAGCACUCAGAGAUAUCCAGUUUAAGGGAUUUACCAUUCCAGCAGGUUGGGCAAUAAUGGUCUGUCCCCCUGCAGUACACUUAAACCCUGCAAAAUAUGAAGACCCACUUGCCUUCAAUCCAUGGAGAUGGGAGGGAAUGGAAUUCAAUGGUGCAUCCAAAAAUUUCAUGGCUUUUGGUGGCGGCAUGAGAUUUUGUGUUGGAACAGAGUUUACCAAGUCCCUGUGUGAGAGGGAGAUUGAGAGAAAGAGAGAGACAGUGAGAGAGAAUAACGUUCAUUAUGAUUUAAACUUUUCAGGUGGCAAGCAAUCAAAGGAGGAAAUAUUGUUCGAACUCCUGGUUUACAAUUUCCAAGUGGUUAUCAAAUUCAGCUCACGGAGAGAGACAAAAGGUACAACUCUACAUAAUCAUACACCAGAAAGAUAA